AUGGGACGGUUACGAGGGCUGUUUACGCGUUUCGGUAGUGGAGGAUGUUUGGAGGCGGAGAAGGGUAAGCAAGCAGCAGCACCAGCACAAGGCUGCUAUUAUUGGCACAUAAGCGAGAAAAGAAAGGAUAGAAGUGUUCGGUCGUUUGAGUCUGCCCUCUGUACCAGUUCGGGUCAAGCGCCGGUCGUCGAACCCUACUGCAUUGUCGGUAGACGCACACUUCCACCUCUACCUUGUAUAUCCCAGACAUUUAUUCCUAUAUCUUCACUCCUAUUGCUGGAAAAAUAA